AUGAUACGCUUGCGUGGGGUUGAAGACAAUCGAUGUUGGAGAGCACCAACAGACGGCAACAUGCUUUCGAAUGAGGAAGAUUAUCUCGACAAUGAGUAUUACACUAUGAAUCUUCAAUUUUUUCGUUUAAUUGGAUUAUGCCAAAAGACUUCAUCUAAGAAGAUAAUUCAUAUCUGUUUUAUUAAUUUCAUGCUAGCUAUUGCAGUAUUCGAACAGAUGAAGAAAAUUCUUUAUCGUAUCAAGUCCGAUUGGGAUGACCUAGCGAACAAACCAGAACUAGUGAUACUGAAGAAAUAUGCUGAAAUUAGUAGACUUUGUACAUUAACAUUCGCAAUCUUCAUUUGUCUUUAUAUUGUAUUUUUGAUAUCUCCAUCAUUUUUAAGUGCAUUUCAAUACGUUUUUGGUGUUAUAAAUGAAACGGAAUUAAUAUUACCAGUUCCUGUUGACUACUUCAUGAAAAACCAAAUGUUUUACUACAUCGUGCUUACAAUCGAAUAUGUAAUUAUAUUAAUCGCGGGCACGGUAGGAAUAGCUAACUAUUCCAUGUAUAUAGUAGUUGUCCAACAUGCUUGUGCACUUCUUACCAUCGUCCAAUGGAGAGCAAUUGAAAGAUUUGUAAAGAAUCAACAAAAUAACUAUUAUUCAAGUAAUAACAGUGAAUUAACCGAUGAGAGAGAGAAGAUAAUCCAUAUCAUAAAAUUCUAUAAUAAGGCGAUCGAAUUUAUUGAUUUAUUGAAAUCGUUUUACGAAACAAUUCAUUUGUUCGAAGAAUUCUUUGGAUUUAUAUAUAUUUUGUUAUUUCAGAUAAUUUCUUUAACUCUUAAUUCGGCCGAAGGAUUAACAAAGUUACUGUUUGUUCUUGGAUCUCUUUCUCUAAUAUAUGCUUACUUUUAUCUGGCACAAAAUUUAAUAAAUCACAACGUCAACGUAUUUACAAUAUUCUGUGAGAUUCCAUUUUAUUCGUUAUCUUUAAAGACGCAAAAUUUGUUACUCUUUUUGAUAAUGAGAAGCAUGAGGCCUUGCAAUCUAUCGGUGAAGGGUGCUAUUGUUGUAUCCAAUGACCAUUUUGCAGCGUUCAUGCGUAAGGCAUUUUCUUUUGCUAUGGUAUUGCAUAGCUUGCAAUGA